AUGUGGACUGAAAAAGAUGAAGAGAAUGACGCUAGUGUUUGUAACGGGCCAGCGGCUGUCAACCCCAUGGUCGUCACGGAUGACAGGAUCCUAGCUGUCGCAAGUACUGCAGCGGCUGCAACGCCGUCGAUAUCCAAUCUCAACGUGACGCAGUCGAAGAAAGUCCAUAUAGGCCCCAAGUUCGUCUCUGUUACGCAGAAUGUUCAGAAUGCGGAGAUGGUCAAAGGCCGUAUUCUUGGCCUCGAAUUGGUGUCGUCAAAAAGUUCGCGCAGAUUACGCUGCAGCGUGGCCGUCUUCGUAUGUUGGGCAUUUCUUGUCGCUUCCGGGCUGGCGAUAUACCUCAUCUACUUGGCCAUACCCCGCCAACACUCUCGGCUAGACAUUGGUUUAUCGGAGCCCUGGUAUCUCCGACGGGAAGAUUGGCAAGCGAUGCCCGCAUACAGCCACGAGUUUCUCACACUCCCCGUAACUGUUGUCUUAAUCGGCCAUUCGGCUACUCGACACUGUAGCCAAAAGUACGAAUGCAUAGAAGUUAUGCUAACAAUACAACAGGAUCACUUACGGCGGGAUAUGUUGGAUAUUGGGCCUAACUUUCUGGUCGGUGGUAAAGGAUUUAUAUUUGAGGGUAGAGGCGCUAACAUUUUAAGUGCAAUGGUAGCGUCCUGGAACAGACGUAGUAUAACUAUCAUGUUUAUAGGAAACUACGUGAACGAUAUGCCUGACGAUGCCCAGUUCCAUCACUUAAACAUUCUUUUAGACAGACUUGUCACACUGGGCGUAUUAGAUCCCAACUUUGCUGUGUACGGACAGUGUCAAGUCCAGCCCUUAACAGUACCUCCAGGACCACAUAUCAUGGCUGCCAUGGACAGAAUUCAUAAUUGGAACCCCGUUAACGACACUAGAUAGCUCUCCUGUCCGAAAUACCUGUGGGACAUCGUUAAGAACAGUUCGCGAACAGAGAGGAUCUCUUGUGGAAUCGCACUCAUGGUUUUAAUCACAUGUAUAGCACUUAUUCUGUACUUCACAGUACUCACAGCGAACUCAGCUGAACAAUACAUAGAUAAAGCGCCGCACGAAUGGAGGAUAUCCCGGGAAAUGUGGUUGGCCCAGCCGUACAACUACACUUACACACUUGACAAGUUUGAGCCAUUAAUGCUGGUGAUCAUCCAGCACACCGUCAGCCCUCGCUGCUCCAGAUUCAUCGUAUGCGCUGCAGAAUUACGCAACAUGCAAAACUAUUUUAUUGGGACCUACGACUAUGAUAUACCGUAUAAUUUUCUGAUCGGCAACGACGGUCGAGUGUACGAUGGCCGAGGCUGGAAUAUAGAGGGAGCUCACACAUUCGGCUACAAUAGAUGCUCUAUAGGAAUCGGUUUUAUAGGUGAUUAUCGCGGAGACAUGCCAAACCAUUCUACAGUCACCGCCGCCCAGCUGAACAGAACGAGAAUGCUCUUAGACGAGGGUGUACGGUUAGGCCACCUCCGGAAAGAUUACCAGAUCGUCGGCGCAAAAGAUCUCAGAUCAACUGCCAGUCCUGGUUCCAUACUCUACAACGCGAUACGCAGGUGGCCUAACUACGAUACCAAGAACCGCUUCGUCAACUUGACGUGUGAACAAAUGGAGGAACAAUUUGGCAAUACGCCUUUAGUCAAUUAA